AUGGGUCUCAUCAAGACUGGUCUCACCCUCGCCGGCGGCUACGGCCUAAUCAAAGCUGCCUCAAAAGCCGUCAACGACCACGAAGAAAAGAAACAAAAGCGCCCAAGCAGCAACACCAACAUGCCCCCCAGCCCACCUCAAAUGCCCUACCAUCCCGGCUACAACGAGUCGCAAAUGGGCUACAUGUACCAGAACCAGGCCAAUGCCCAUUCGCAUCCGCAGUGGCGCUCCCACGAGCACCAGUCACACCAAGGCCAUGCCAUGAAUGCAGCACCUUACACUGAGUACCGCUCUCUUCAGGGCUCUCAGACCUACGGCAUUCAAAUGGACAGUGUCCCGCCUUCGUAUGGCACGGGCCAUGGCCAGAUGCAUGGGAGCCAGAUGCCUGGUUCGGCGCAGAAGUAUUAUUCGCAGCCGGCGAACUAG